GAGCGACCUGUGGCCAGUAACACGGCAGACAGUUGGAGGGCAAAGUUUACCGGGGAGCGUGUAUAUCUAGUUCUUGGCCGCCGCUGAGGACGCAGGCAGGCAGGCAGGCUUCAGCUGCGCGGAGAGCCGCGGGUCGCGGAGCCGGUGUGCGAAUCCGUGCAGCAUGUAGCCAGGACCGAGGACAGCUGCUAUAUCGUGCCCUGCCCUUGUCUCUGCCGUGGCCCGCUGUCCGCUCCCGUCCGCUGUCCCGAUCCGAGCCCCGGUGACCCGCUUUGAGCCAUGGGCGGGAGUCUGGGUUGCCACCGCUCGAUUCCCAGGGACCCCACGGACUUCAGCUGCGGAAAGCGCAAAUUCAGCGCCGCGUGUAACUUCGGCCACAUCCUGGUGAACCAGGAGCGGCUCAACAUCAACAUAGCCACCGAGGAGGAACUCAUGACUCUCCCGGGAGUCAACCGCACCGUUGCACAGAAUAUCGUGGAGUACCGAGACUGCAUCGGGGGGUUUAAAAAGGUGGAGGACCUGGCUCUGGUGAGCGGGAUCGGGGCCACCAAGCUGGAGGCGAUCAAACUGGAAAUAUGCGUCUCCAGCAGGACCAGUUCGUCCCAGCACUCGCCGUCCUCCCUGCGCAAAGACCUGGAUCACCAGUCCUGCACCGGCAUGAACAUUAACACCGCCACCCCGGCGCAGCUAAUGAGCAUCCGGGGCAUCACGGAGAAGCUAGCCAAGAACAUCGUGGUCUACCGGGGGGAACACGGCCCGUUCAAAAGCAUCGAGGACCUGGUGAGGGUCAACCAAAUCAACAGCUCCUUGCUGGACAAAAUCCGCUUCCAGGUGUUCGUGGAGCGCUCCAGAGCGCCGUCCACCAACACCAACGGUGGGCUGACCUGCACCACCAAGUCCCACCCCAGCCCGACUUCAUUCAGCUUCAGGAGCGACGACCUGGACCUCCCGCCCGGCGGACCGAGCCAGAUCGUCUCCGUGCGGCCCGACGUGGAGCGCCCGCAGGGUUUGCGGGACGGGAAGCCCGUGGUGCGGCUGGCCACCUGGAGUCUGCAGGGCUGCUCCUGUGACAAGGCCAACAACCCGGGGGUCAAAGAGGUGGUGUGCAUGACCCUGCUGGAGAAUGACAUCAAGUUACUGGCAGUGCAGGACCUGGUGGAGCGGGAGGCUCUUGAUAAGUUCUGUGUAGAAUUAAACCAAGGAACAUUGGCGAGCAUACGGAAGUGGAAAUGGCCACGAGGCCUGUGGAAAAGCGUUGUGUCUGACAAACCCACCGGGCACUCCAGCAAGGGAGUGAGCUACUCUGGGUUUCUGUGGGACAGCUCGUCUGGUAUUGACCUGAAGGAUGCUGCAGUCCUGGAGUCUCCUGUUGUCAAUGGCAAUGGCAAUCAUACCUACCCGCGACUCUACAUGGCUCACUUUUUUGUUGGUUCAUACGAACUGACAGUGGUGAACGUCCACAUGCAGGCCACAGCCUCCACAGGAGAGUCCAAUGGCAAGAACCACAACACAGAUGAAGUCAAGUGUCAGCGCCUCUCCCCAAGUAUCCAGGAGACACUCAAAGGUGAGAAGGAGGUGGUAGUGCUGGGAGAUUUUGGCUCCUCCCCUCAGAGCUCAGAGUUGGACAUCCUGAGAAAAGAGAAGCUCUGUGCCCUGGUACCAUCCACCCAGUUCACCAACAUCAGCACCCGCUCACCACAGGGCACCCACUGCCUAGAUAACAUCUGGGUCAGUCGCUCCCUUAAGAAGAUCUGUUCUGGCCACUGCAUGGUAGUGCGGGAGGGCUUGACUAACCCCUGGAUCCCAGAUAACUGGUCAUGGGGUGGUGUGGCGUCAAAUCAUUGCCCUGUGGUUGCUGAGUUUUUUGCAGAUGUAUCCCCUAAGGAGCUGAGCAGGCCUGGUAUGGCAGUGGUGGACACAAGAGACAUUAUGCCGAAACAUGAGCGGUGACAACAUCCACAGUCACAGUAGAGACAAUGGUGGAUGACAUCAGAAUGACUUUCUCCUUUCUGGAUCCGGCUUUAUCCUGGUUUGCCAUGGAAUAAAAAGUUUCCUGAUGAAUGUGAACAAGUGCCAAGAUUGCCUUUUAGGCUUCAGUUUCUCAAUGUAUAAUAGUAACUGGUAGGUCAUAGAACCAUACAGAUGUUCAGACAAAGAAUAUAUAAUGUACUUUAAAAAGAAAUGUGCCAAACAUUUUCUAUAUGUAUAUUAAAUAAAGAUAAAUUGAUAGAUGUUCCUGCUGGUAUGAAUAAUAAUCAUUAAUGCAAAUAAGUGCAGCAUCCAAUCAGAAUCGUCUGAAAGAUCCAGGUCAAUGGAGGCUGUGCUUUAACACUCAUCUGUUCCGUCAGUGGAGAGUAAGAUCACAUCUCAGCUGUGGAGCUCAUGAAGGCUUUGCUCUUCAGUUACGUAAGCCAGGCCUCUCUGUGCACGUGUGAGCUGCCAUCUUCCUCUCUGAUGGAAAUGCGAUACCAGGGCACAGUGCCAACAGAGGGCACUGCUGCUGCCUCAACUGCUCAUUAACCAGCACCAGGAUGAUGCUUUUAAACGGGCAAAGACUGAAAUAAUCCUUUAUUCAUGUUUUUUAUAUCAAUCAGCGAUAUAAUCAAUAAAAAAAUAAAUAAUAAAGAAAGCUAUGAAAUAAACAUAUGAACAGAAUUACAUGGCAUCACAGACAGCUACUGGGGACUAUGUUAUAUCAAGAGAGCCUAUCUGAGAAUAUACAGUAUUUGUUGCUCAUUGUAAAUUUGUAGAAAAUACAGAUUAACCCAUACUGUGCAAUAACAAAAACAUGUAAAAUGAUCUCUAUGCUGUUAUUUUCGUCUCUGGUUGACAGUGAGCUAAUCAAUGCAAUUGGCUGCUGACAUGUCUGGAUGGAAUAACAAGAUGAGAGGCUGUGUCCGAAAACACUACAUAUGUACUAUAUAGUGCACCAUAUAUACUUUCUGUGAUUUUUAUUGCAUGUCCGCUUUUAUCUCCUAGCUUCCAGUUUCUAUUAGUGCCUACAGCAAAUAAAGAAAAAAAGUCGUAGUCCCUAUCAGGUCAGACAGCCUACUAUAAAACUGGGAACACACCCAAGUGUUUGAAGAAGUUUGAUCCAAUACACCACAUAUAUUGGAUUAAAAACAUUAUCUUUGGCACAGAGUUAGGUUCGGCAUUAACUAGCUUACAACUAGUUCAAUUAGUUUUUAGUGUUUAUGUUUCUAUGGUGAAAAGUAUCAACAGCUCUGAGCCAAACUUAGCUUGUUACACAAUAAUAAGCCCAUAUCAUUGAAAUCUAGGCCGUUGAGUGUAAUAGUUGAACU